AGAAAAAUGGGGAGGGGCUUAAACCUAAUAAAGAGAGGCUUCACUAGAGGUCAAUUCGUCAAUUUAUUUUUGGCAAAAAGUGUGCCAUGUUUUAAAUUACAUUAUCACUUCAUUUGAAUAAAGCAAAGGAUGGUCAACAAAAUUAGGGACAGAGAGAAAUUCUGCCCAUGAACGCUUAUGAACUUAGCUACACGCUUUUUUUUUAUAAGGAACCGUUUAUAAGGAACCUACAUGUAGAAGGUCAAAAAACUUAAGGAACUUUUACUACUAAAGGCCAAAUCCCUAAGGAACUUUUUAAUUUUGAAUAUAUUUAUAUUUCCGCACAAUUUACAAUUAGGAAGCCGGUUCCAUUGAUUUUCAGUAAAACCGGCCAUGCUCAUGGGGCCAAGAAUCAACAUGAGAAAUUUCCGUUUUAACUCACCUCACAUGCAGCUGUGCUUUGUUGUGAAUUCACACUUUAGGUGUUUUAGUUUUAGUCAAAUAGGUUAGUCACAACAAAAUAGAAUUCUUAUUCUGUGUGUGUGGCUGAGUAUUACAGUAGUUGCAAUAUGGGAGAUAAGAAAAAGCAGUCAACGUUGUUCAAGUUCGGUUUUUCUAAAAAGAUACCUCAUCGAAAUGAGUUACAAGAAGUCCCUGGUCGUUCGUUUGUUGAGGAUGAUGAUGUAAGUUUGUAUCGUUGUGACACAUGCAACAAGCAUUUCAAAAGUAAGUCUGGCCUUACGAUGCACGUGUCUUGGUGCACUUCGAAAAAAGACAGUGAGAGAGAAAAAGAACAACCAACUAAAAAAAUCGAUGAAAUUCCAUUGAUCUUGGAAAGUAGCGCCGAGGCUGUUGAGCCACAAAAAGAACCAACUGCUAUUGAUGUGGAUGAGAACAUCGAAGAAACUGUAGAGGAAUGUCAAGAGAUAGAGAAAAGUGCUAGAGCGUCAGAAGCAGGAGAAAGCAGUCAGCACCAUCGAGAGAAGAAGAACAGACUAUCUUAUGACACCGAAUUUAAGCUAAAAGUUAUCGAGGAAGCAAAGAAAAACCAAAAGAAUGACGUUGCAUUCAAAUACAACAUCUCUAAAUCGAUGGUAUCGACCUGGGUUAAAAAUGAGAAGAAAAUUACUGAUGCAGCCGCCGAUAGCCACAGGAAAAUGAUGAAAAAGAUCAGACCCAGCACAAGGCAUAAGCAAGUCUUCGUGAUGCUUCACGAAAAGUUCCUACAAGCAAGAUCAAAGGGGAUGCGAAUAUCUUUUGCAUGGCUGUACGCAAAUGCUAGGAAGAUUAACCCCGAAUUCGACCAAAGUGCCCAAUCAGAUAUUAAAGCUAUCCCGAAAUCUGCAGUCUUCAACUUUAUCAGGAAGUACAAAAUCAAGUUGAGGAGAAUUCAGCGUAAGAAAAGGGCUGAGAAAACGAGCUUCUUGCCAGGCAUGAUUGGUUGGCACACAACUUUGCGCGAAGGCUUGAUCAAGACAGGAAACGCAAAGCCUUCCUAUGACAGCAAAUGGGGGAGAUUCCGACCAUCUAAACGCUUCAACGUUGACCAAGUUCCUAUGCCGUUUGCGGUCGAUUGUAAAACAACAUACGAAAAACACUUUCCGCGCGGAGAACAAAGAAACCAUCGAACCUGGGUCAGCACACCGGGACCGGGACUUGAUAAGCGGCAGUGCACGUUACAAAUCUGCUUUGCAGCCGAAGGACCGCCAGUCAAAAUUGCAAUUAUUUUCCGUGGAACAGGGAAAAGAAUCAGCCAGGAUGAAAUACAGGCAUACCACAAAGACGUGGAUGUUUACUGGCAGACAAACGCCUGGGCAGACAUCAAUUUCAGCAUCGACUGGGUGAAGAGAACUCUGAAACCAGCUGUCCAAAAUUCUUCCGAAACAGGUGAAAAUGAAGAAUUCGUUCUUUUCUGCGACAACUUAAGUGCGCAAACUAAUGAUCUGUUUCUGAGUGAGGUCAGAAAAUUAAAUGGUGUUGUUUGGUUCGGUUUGGCCAGUGCGACAGACAUCUGGCAACCUGUAGAUUGUGGCUUUGGAAACAUGCUGAAGUCUUUGGUUCGAACCCUCCAAGAUGAGUGGCUGCAAAGUGACGAAAAUAUAGAUCUUUGGCUUGGGAACAGUGUUGAAAAACUGGAUGUCAAGAAGCGAAGAAUUCUAAUUACACACUGGGUUGGUGAGGCAUACAAUAGGCUUUCCAGUGAGAGCUAUGCCUCAUCACGGUACAGAUGCUUUGAAAAGACAGGCUGCUUAAUAACGGCUGAUGGGUCGGAGGACAAGAAAAUUCAGCCUGAAGGUCUGAUUGGGUACUCAAUACCACCACCAUUGCCUGUGACUGGCCCCGAAAAUCCACUGUCUGUACAAAUACCAGAGGCCUCAGCAGCCUGUGAGGAAGAUGUAAGUGAUGAAGAAGAUGAAGGGGAUGAAGAACUUGAGCCUGACGAGCUUGAGCAUGAAAGAGUAGACCAUGUAAAAGAUCGUGUCUACGAACAUGAGUUGAUUAAUAAAAAAAUACGCGCAUUCUACGACGAAUGGCACACUGGACAAGUGAAGUGGUUCAACACCAAGCUGGGAGAGUUUAGAGUUCUUUUCGAAGACGGUACUGAAGACUACAUUGUGUCAGACGACAUCAAUGGAGUGGAUAUGCAACUUCUUUAAUGACUAUUAUUAUUAAUUUUAUAUUAUAUGAAGCUUCUUUGUGUUUUAACUUGUUAUCUUUUCUUAAGUUUAUAGCAAAACGCUGAAUUUGAUUGUUUUUCUUGCGUCUGUACUAAUUAUUGUCCACUAAAUGCCAACUUAAAAUUAAGGAACUAUUAAGGAACUUUUAGAACUACAAAGUGGUCAAAACAGGUCUCAAAAUAAGGAAUUUAAAGAACUAGGCCCGAGCUAGGUUCCUUAUAAAAAAAAAAGCGUGUAUACGGA